CCCCACCUUUACUCUUUUCGCUGCCGAGGAGAGAUGCACAGCAUGUGGAUCCCAGGCCCGGGAGAAUCCCAGGGUCUGAACGAGUCCCAGGAGGGCAGGCCUCUCCUUCGCUGUUGUCACAAGCACGUCGCUGUGUGUCAGCAGGAAACUUUGGCUUUUAUCGAGCUGCAACCACCUGCAGCUUCUAAGUUAAGCGGUUUGAGGCAAAACACUAUUUCAGACACACAACGCACGGCAGACUCUCCGCCACUGAAUGGUUUCAGACAAACACUAAAUGAAAUCAACACCAUGCAGAAGGGCUGCCCCAGGACAGACACUGAACAUGAAAUAAGCUUGAACUUUUCUUCGUGCACRACGGACGACGGKGGGCACGUUGGCCAGGAUGAAACCAGGACGUCGUCGCAGGAGCAAACCAAGAAGACACAAAUGUUAACAACACUUUGUCGUCCUCUCCRUUCACCUCUCAGCCUCCCUCUGUCCUUCCCCCUGUCCUCUCUGUACACAAACAGAGACUCCUGGGAAUCUCAGGGACCUGGUUCUCCAUCCUCACCUGAAUGUACCGACUGUCAGGGUCCAGGCUCCUGCCAGCCUCAGAGGAGAACCUCACAGGGGUCUCUGAGGGAGAAGUCUAUCCGGCGAAAGAUGCAAGUUUAUUCUCCAGACAGCCUGAGUGAUGACUCCCUCAGCAGCCCGAUCCUGGAGGCGGACUACAUCUUUCCUGGACCCUUUGCAUCGUUUCUGGAAGAAGACCUAAGUGGAUUAUCUUCUUUAGAGGCCGUUUCAACAUCUACAUCCACAGACGGCGCUCCUGACUUCCCAAGCAUCGGUCAGGAUGACAUCUCCGAYGUUCCAGCAGAACCCUUAGAGAUCAUAGAGGACUCAGAACCAGGGGAAGGGGAAGAACCCGGCAGCGUGGAGACGUCGGUUCCCUCAAUAGGGAGCCUUUUGUCACGCAGUCGUCAAGCUGACCAGGAACGCCGGCGCUUCUCUGCUUCAGAGCUAAUAUCCAGACUGCAGCUGUCUCAAAGGAAGAACUCGUUCACCCUGAAGCUCGGGAAGUCUUUGUCUGCUCGGGUCGCCUCCAGGGACAGACAGAACUCCAGCAGCUUCAACCCAAGCUCUGAUUCAAUCCUCUACCAGGAGUACAGCGACGUUGCCAUCAAUCGAGAGAUCCAGAGGCAGCAAGGCAAGGAGCCAGGAACAGAGGAGGAGGGUCUCAGAGAUGAGAGUUCAGACGGGACCCCAUCUCCAUCCAAUCUGUCUCCAUCCAGCUCCUUUCGUUCCUCUCGAGGUUCCGCCUUUGCGCUGUGGCAGGACAUACCUGAUGUCCGAACCAGCGGACAGCUUGACAACUUCAGCAAUGAGGAGAGAAAACUGCAGGAGGCCAAGUUUGAGCUGGUGACAUCUGAGGCGUCGUACAUUCGCAGCUUGAUGAUCGCCGUGGACCACUUCAUGUUGUCUCAGGAGCUCGCUGAGUGUCUUGGCGCUCAGGAUAAGCAGUGGCUCUUCUCCAAGUUGCCUGAAGUCAAAGAUGUUAGUGAGAGGUUCCUGCAGGAUCUGGAGCACAGGCUAGAGGAAGACAUUCUCCGGUUUGAUGUGUGUGACAUUGUUCUGGAUCACUGUCCAGCUCUGCGAAGGGUCUACUUACCAUAUGUUACCAACCAGGCUUAUCAGGAGCAGACAUACCAACGAUUGUUGCAGGAAAACCCUCGUUUCCCGGGCAUCCUGGCCCGCUUGGAGGAGGACCCCAUCUGCCAACGACUUCCUCUGGCCUCCUUCCUGAUCCUCCCAUUUCAGAGGAUCACACGGCUUAAAAUGCUGGUGGAGAAUAUCUUGAAAAGGACGACACCAGGCUCUCGGGAUGAGGACACUGCCACAAAGGCUUUCAACGAGCUAAAAAAGAUCAUCAAAGAAUGUAAUUCCAGUGUGCAGUCAAUGAAGAGGAUGGAGGAACUGAUUCAUCUGAACAAGAAAAUUCACUUUGAAGGCAAAAUUUUUCCUCUCAUCUCUCAGUCCCGCUGGCUGGUGAAACACGGUGAACUCCUGGAAGUGGACACUCAGAUGAUGAGUAUUUCAGGAUCCAAACUCAAGCUGCCCACUAAGCCUGUGUACCUCCACCUGUUUAAUGACUGCCUGCUGCUCUCCAGAAGGAAGGACACAUGGAAGUUCAUGGUGUUCGUUCACGCUAAGAUCGGUGAGCUGAAAGUGAAGGACCUCAGUCUGAAACUWCAAGGAAUCUCAGGCUUCAUCUUCCACCUGCAGCUGUGUGACGGCCAGCAGCUCAAACAUCAGAUCCUGCUCAAAUCUCACACAGAGAGCGGUAAGCAGAGAUGGAUCACCGCCAUGUUUCCGUCUGACCCACUGGAAGACAUCGAGCAAGCAAAUGAAAAUGAUGAUAUAGCCCAGGUUCAGUGCACCAAAAGCUACCAGGCACAGGAGCACGAUGAGUUAACGCUGGACAAAGCCGACAUCCUUCAUGCGAAGACCAUUACGAGUGACGGUUGGGUCGAGGGCAUCAGACUGUCAGACGGGGAGCGGGGCUGGUUCCCCAAAACCUACGUGGAGGAAAUCACGAGUCGCAGUGCGCGCCUCCGCAACCUGCGGGAGAACAUCCGCAUCAAAUGUGUCACACAGAAACUGAAGGGUGAGGACUGAGAAACCUGCAAGGAAAACAAAUGUAAAAAAGCAGCAUUUUUAAGCUUCAAGAUGAUUGUUUUAAUUUUAGAACGACUGGGAGGCCUUUGUGUAGAAUGUAGGUGCAAAAAACAAUCCCAGUGUUUCCACUGUUCUUUGCGUGAUUUCAAAACCACACAGCUUCAGUUUCCUGCAGCAACUGUUUCCUUUUGGUGCUAAUUUCACAUUUUUUGUUAAAAAAACAUUUCAACCAGCAUAAAUGUGUAGACGAGGGUCAUUUUAAACAAAAAGUCCUGAGUUUCUCUUUGUGUUUUGCUCCCAAAGUAUCAGAAUUUCUUCUAGUUUUAGCUUUAAGCAGCAGCUCUCCUGGGAUUAUAUUGGAUUGAUAUUGAAAUUCUUCGUUUUCAAAGAAUAUGCCAUUAGCAAUCAGUUCUAUUUAUUUCAAGACCUUUCUGUUGUUGUUUCAUGAUUACUGUGGGGUCCAGACCCCAACAGCAUGAUCUCUUUGAGUAUUACCUUCUUGGUUUUUAUGCCUGAUAAAUUAUUACUUUUUUAAUAGAUAUAAAGUAAAGUAACAAAUCAAGGCUGUUUGAGAGAAGAUGUUUGCAGGAGUUUUGCUCCUUUGAUGCCAAACAUAAAAAAAGAGCUAGCUCAGGACUUUUGCAAAUGACUGUUUUUCUGUUUACAAGUUAAAUAAUUUAGCGUUCGACACCAAAAGCAGCUAUUUUCAGUUUAAAGUCUGACCUAGAAUCUAUAAUUUGUUUGUUAGUCAGAGGGUGACGAGGAUCCUCAUUACCAACAACACGAGCAAGUAUUUGAGUAAAUUUCUCGACAUCGACUCCAAACAUCCUUCAUUUGAUGAAAAUAGAAUCCAGCUGAUGCACUACGAUGCACCGUUGAAAGGAUUGUUCGGUUCUUAAAAUAGUUUUUCCCAGUUAAGUUMAGCAUCACCAACUUGUAGCUCCUCUUUGUCAGAGAGAAAAUACGAAACAGUGCAGUAAAACUGAGCUGACAGCUGUCGUUAAUGAACCACUAUAAACACCAGUAAAUCAUAAACCUUUCCAGUGGCACAUGAAAUGUUUAACUUUUUAUAGACUUUAGUUGWUGGCUGUAAUUUAAAUGGUUGCUGUUGCACCACGUGUAUUUAUAUUUCUCUAGAAUCUGAUGUACAUAUAUAUUUUACCGUAGAAGACAUUGUGUAUAAAGAGUAGGACGCGUCUUGUUAACUUUAAUAACUGUAAUUUAUAUGUCAAAAAAUAUUUGAUUAAAGAACUAAAACACAAACUUCACAAUCGGUUUCAAUCCCGACACAAAAACUACUGUAACACACUGGAUUGCUGCGCACUACUGUACAUUUUUAACUCUGAAAUAAAUACAGACAUUUGCAUUA